AUGCCCAGAACAUGGACUUCGUCAAAACGCGCCAACCGUGUCGAACCAAAGGCGAGUGAAUCUCUCCUUGAAGCUCAAUCUCGCAAAGAUGCAAACUUCUCGGAAGUCGAAGCCAGACUGCCGAAACGUUAUGCCAGGUCGGAGAUGGGCUUCAUUGACAAGAGAAUGAGUUUUCUAGGCUCGCACAACCCCUUUGGCAGGAAGGCCUGUCCUAGGGACAACACAGUAUGGGUCCUUGACAACACCGCAUACAAACCUACCCGACAAGGGGAUGAUACGGCUCAGCCAUGGGAAGCCGAAUUUGUCUCUUAUUUCUUUGGCUCGGGAGGUAGAGACCAAACAAAGUCUCUCAAUGGCCUUGCAGAAGUUAUGGGACUUGGCGACAACACCGCUCGGGACCCCGAGACCCGGAAGAGGAUGGAGGAACGUCUCAAGCCCCUGUUGAUGACCAUCGCACCAGCACGUACGGUGGAAAUUCUCAUUCCUUCGCCCGAUGCAGAUGGAAGCCCUCAGACACGAGUGCUCGGGCCCUCCGGCUCCGAUGGUAUCAGUAGCCAAACUGUGGCGGUCGGAGGCUCUGAUGAAGCUGACGGCAAGACUAUCACCUGCACGAGUGAGGGUGAGCAAUUUCCAGGCCUGAGUUGCAAAACACGCUAUGUUGGUCCUGAGGGUUGGGCCAUCAUCUCCGACAUCGACGAUACGGUCAAAACCACCCAGACCCCUAGCCCUGCGGGAAUCCUGCGAUUCACGUUCACCGACACGCCCAAGACGGUUGCUGGAAUGGAGGAAUUCUACAAAGUACUUGCAGAGUCCUUCAGAUCACCCGCUUGGUUCUACCUGUCGGCGUCACCUUACAACCUGUAUCCGUUCCUCCGCGAGUUCCUCAUCGAGCACUAUCCGCCUGGGACGAUUAUCCUUCGUGAUGCCCGAUGGCUGCACUUUGGUGGCCUGCUACAAUCCUUCACUGCUGGCGUGCAAGAGUACAAGACAAGCCGGAUUGAGAAGAUACGAUCCUGGCUUCCAGACCGGCAGUUCAUCUGCGUUGGUAAUUCAACGCAAUCAGAUCCAGAGGCGUACGCCCAGAUGUAUGCCAAGUAUCCUGGCUGGAUCAAGGCGAUAUACAUCAGGAAGGUGCUCGAUGCGCCGCACAUGGAGGAGCGAAACAAGAAUCAGAGGUUCAUCGAGGCAUUCAAAGAUGUCCCAGACCACGUCUGGAGAGUAUUUAUCCAGCCGCAGGAACUUUCCGACCAUAUCAAGCAUCUCGCCGGUCAAGCGCACCCAGGAAUGAUCGGCACCCUAUUGGGUCGGUGGUGCCAAACCGAACACGAUAUGAAAGCCAUACCUCGUAAAGGGCAGCUAGCACUUCCUCCGCUGUCCCCUACUGCUGGAACCGCAAUGGAUGCUCCGAGUCCUCUGCCAGCGGACGACGCCACGGUCGGUACGGGAACAGCAUAA